CUUAAGCCCUAAGGCCUUCUCCAACCCAACAAAAAGAAUCCUUUACCCCUGCAUCCUUCUUCAUCCUCCUUAACGUCUUCUUCUUCCCCCACCGCGCCUGCUUCAUCAGCCGCGGCGAUUCAUCUUCUUCCUCCACCGCGCCUGCUUUCCUUAGCCGCAACGUCUCCUCAUCAUCUUCUGCUUCCGUUCUCUUGCUUCAUCGUCAUCCUCAUUCGUCUUCAUCCUCAUCUUCCUCGUCCGUGCCUUCUACAAUUUAGCUAGUUGUUUCAUUCGGUCUACCUCCAUCAAGCAAAAUCGGUCUACAUCCAUCGAACACAGUUCGCGAACAGCGGUUUCACUUGGUCUUCACAGCAGGUCCUUCCUGCAAAACGGCCCCUUCAAACGCAAACCUAGAGAGAAGCCGAAAAGAGAAGGGAUUCUGAUUUUGAAAAAAAGGAAAAUCUGGAGAAGAAGGAAACAUCUAAAGAAGAAAAGAGCUGAAAAAGGAGAGGGGAGAAAAUAAAGAAAAGACAGAGCAAUUAAAAAAAGACAAUAGGAAGCAGAAUCGAGAAAUUAAGAGACAGAGGUGAGAGAGGAAAGAAGAAAAACCCUCCGGGGCUAUCAUCAUUGGUACACGUUGAUCUUCUGAUUCAAUCUUCCAAAGAUGGGUAAAUCAAGCAAAAGUCAGGGUUCUACUUCUAAAGCUGAUGCCAAAUUCGAAAAGAAACUCGAGUUUUAUGCCAAGGUCAGAGAUACUGUUGCUUCCUUAUCUGCCAAACGGGAAAUUACAAAGAAAAAUAAAACUCAAAGGCGACAGAAGAUAUUGAAAGCAUAUGAUCUAUCUUCUCUAUCAGAAUUCCUUCCCGAGUUGAAAGUUAAUGACAAGCCGUCUCUUGCAGAUAAGUUGAAGUUGAAUUGCAAAUCCAGACAAAAACUUAUAUUGACGGAGGGAAAGCAGUUGCACAGUGUCCUCACUAAUCCUGUUUUUCAAGUCGAUCCUCUGGCUGCCAUCCAUCAACAUUUGACAAGCACACAGCCUGUUCCAGAUGAGAUCCCGAAGAAAAAGGCAAACAAAAAUGGGAGCAAGAAAAGAAAGAGCAAGAAAGUAAAGGCAUCAACUGGAGCUGGAUCUAUGGAUAUCUGAUCUGAUACUAAGGUUUCUCCUCAUAUUUCUACUCAAAAGCUAUAUCUGGAAAUGAGUGAAAACCUUUGUUGAGCCCUUGUUGAAACUUCAGAACUCUUUCUACUGGGUGUCUUUUAGUCUCUCCAUCUAGAGAUUGAAAAAGGAGAAAAAGCAUCCAAUACUGAAUUGUUUCUCCUUUUUUCACGAUACAUAAUGGAAAAUAGACCAUACGAAUUCCAAAACCAAAUGGUAAAAACGUUUUUGAUGA